CUGGGCAUGUUAAUCUGAACUUAAUUUAGUGCCGCUCAGUUGGUUCAUUGGAAAGCCAGCUACAUAUACCAGCAGUGUGUAUCAAUUCAACUAUAGAGCGACCAUAACAACGACACUUUUUGGGUCCGUAUUUUCAAAACCACCAACCAGAUCUCAAACCCUAAUGAGUCUCUCCGGUGGUUUGCCCUCAGAUGGUACUGACGCGCCUAGUGUGAAAAAUUCGUCACCACAAAUAAUGUCAAUUAGUCUCAUUAGACAAAAUAUAGUGACAGUUGAGAAGUUACGCGAACGCGUACGUCAAGUGUUGAAAUGUGUUAUAAAUUUGCACAUAGAUAUUUUGGUCCUCGAAUCAAAUGUUAAUCAACUAAUCGAUGAAUGUAAAGAAUUUAAUGCAGAUCUCUUAGAAGUUGAUCGAUUGGAUAAACUUAUUUCAACACUACGAGACUACAAUGGACCCACAAUAUGUCAUGAAUGGCCAUAUCCAUUAUUAACGAAUGCAACCAUCGAUGAAGCCGACAUUGCACAAACUUCCCUCUCAUCAUCUAGAUUGAGUCUCUUAACGACUGUAGCUGAAGAUCUUAAAACAUAAUUUUAUUAUAAUUUAUUUAAUUAAAACUCAUUUGAUAAAAAAAAUAACUAUCCAUAAAGGGGAAAAAAAACUGUGUUAGUAAUCUACGAAGCAAGUUUAUUUUAAUUGUCAAUUCUCUUUUAAAGUAGGUAUGUAAUUGUAUGCCCUCUUUAAUUGAUGCUUUUUAUAUUAAAUAGUAGCUACUUUAGCAGGCUUAAACUAGCAGAUUUGAUUUAGAUAAGUGACUCUUACUACUUUAUUUGUUACGCAAAAAAAUAUUUAAUUAAAUAAAUUGAUUCAAUUUAAUUCAUAAAGGGUUAAUCAAGAGAUCAUGAAAAUAAAACAUUAAUUUAGACAGAUAAAAGAAUGCUAAAUAACUCAUUUAAGAUUAGGGUCAUACUUUUCUAGUUUUUGGAGCUUGCUUACUUCGAUUUUUUUUUUUAAUUUUUGGACCCAGUAAUUUUUUUUACUAAGCUUUAUUUAUUAUUUUUCACGAAACCAUAAAAUAAACUUGCUUCGAAGAAUAGUUUUUUUUACUCAGAAGAACUAAGCUUAUCAUAUAAUAAUUCUAAUCAACGAAUAACUUUAUGUAUUCCUAGCCAUUUUACUCAAUAGAAACAUUAGUUUUAAGAUUUAUUUUUUACAAUAGUUUAAUUAAAUAGAAUUAAAAUAAAAAAAGUGA